AUUCAAUUACUAACCGUGCGGCACCAUCACCUAUAACUAUCCCAUGGCUGCCAAAAAAAGACAGAGAAUCAUCCUCGUAUGCGACAACUGCCACCACCGUAAGAUCAAGUGUGAUCGUAAGCUCCCGUGUGAUAGCUGUAAAGCUCGGGGCAUCUCUGCCUUGUGCCGGUACUCAGAUCUUGAAAAGGAGCUUGUCAAACAGGGAAAAUCCACCCACGAAGUGAAAAGCUCCGACGAACCCGCCUCCGAGCUCACGGUGUUACGGCACCGGGUCAAGGAGCUCGAGGCAAUGAUCGGAGUGGCCCUGCUCUCCAAUUCAAACAGCUCCUUCAAUACUCCCAGUGACUUCCAAUCAUCUCCAUCCACCACAGAAUACUCAGAUACAAACGAAACCACCGACUUCUUCAUGAUCCCGUUCGAAAACGGCUCGUGUGUACGGGUUAACCAGUCGUGUAUCAUCAGUUUCCCCAUCUCCUUUCUCUCCAUACUACGAAAAGACGCUGCCUACCUUUCGUUUUGGCACUACAACCGAAAUCCCAGCCAGCAGGAUAAAUUCUUGAAGCACCAGGUCGAAGGAAUGGGCCAGUUGCUCGACCAUCGGAACGAAGAACUCACCCAGACGGUUGACUCCCGGGCUCAGGAGUAUUUUGGAGCUUCGUAUAUUCCCAAGUACGUCAAAAACAGCACGAUCUCACUAGAUGUGAAAAUCGCCAUCAACUUGUACAUGGGCCAGUUUGGCCCCUUGAUGUUCUAUGAUAACUAUAUUCCUCCUAACAGCUCGAUUUACGUCAAGGCAACUCAUAUUCUUCCUCCAAAACCCAUAAUCUUGGAGUACUUGACGGUUUGGUUUGAGAAAAUGGAGCCUUACUUCCCCAUAUUCGAGAAGAUUGCGUUCACCGCCGUCAUCUCCCGCUUGGUGUCUGACCGGGACAAUGGUGACGUGCGGGUAAAGUUGUCCAUUGAAAAGAAGCCGGACUUGGCCAACUUGGCGUCUCUUCUCUUCAUCUUGAGACUCACUUACCUGUACGUUAUGGUUGCCAAUAACACCACCAACAGAUACAAGAACCUCGAGAAAUUCCCGGUGUACAUUGAUGCGGUACAUAUUGCCAAAGAGUGCUUGAAGGAGUUCAAUAUGUCGUUGAGGCCUAGUUUUGAAGCUCUCCAGGCGUAUUCCGUGGCUAAGGUGUAUAAGAGUUAUUCGCACGACGAAGGAGAUGGUAUAAGAGAAACAGACAUGUACGUACGGACCUUGCUUUAUGCAGCCUCGUCGUGUGGCUUGAACCGUGAUCCCGACAUCUACCAUCAUGAAGACUUGACAUGGAUCGAGAGAAACCACCGGCGUAAGUUUUGGUUUUUUUUGCUCAGUCAGGAGUUCUUUGAGCUGGCUCUCUACGGAAGGAGGCUCUUUGAGUUGGACUAUGCAGAUGUGAAGCUCGAGGAAACAAACACACCGGGUGAUGACUUCAUCUACCAUACUUUCUUGAAGAUUUUACCCAUGAGAGGGCUUAUGGUCAAGUUGAUGAAGAUGUUGAUGAACAUCAACGUGCCCACGAAUGUCACUUUGUUUAUCGACUUGUCCGAACAGCUUGCGGCUCUUGUUGACAAUGCCUACGGCGACCUCAGCACCCAGUUCCACAACCAGGUGAACAUGUUUGAUAAUCCAAAGAGCACCUGGGACACCUACCACUUGUUUGCCAUGAAGCUUCUCAUGAUGAAGUUGAACUACUGUCUCUACAUCAUCUUUGAGAAAAAGGGCGAUAUUUCCCAGCUGUUCAAGUUCUACAAGCGACUUCUGAUCAUCACCUUUAUUGAAAACACCCCGUUGAUCUCAGUGGCUUUUGAUAACGACAACAGGGUUGACCCCAUGUUCUCUAUCAUCCUUGGCUCGCUGUUUCUUCGUCUCUGUUUCAUCUAUAUUUUGAACUGUGCCACUUUCACCAUCCACGUUAACCACACCAUCAGGCUCUACGCGGGCACCGAAGACAAACCCAAGCACCUUUUCGAAUUGGUCAAAAACGUUCAGUAUUUGUGGUGCUACAUCUGUACCUACACCGGGUGCCUCUCCCGAAGAACUUUCACCGCCUGGAGAGCCAUGAAGGCCUCUCUCUACGGAAUGAUCGAAACUGGCAGUUACCAGACGUUCGAGGAUAUCUGCUUGGGCAGAAAGGCCAGCUGGUCGUUCACAUCGGCGCAAAUGCAUGAGCUCUGUGAGAUUCUCGAGGAGACUGUUGCGGUGGUGGCUGCUAAACCUUCGAUGGUUCCGUUUGAGCUCUCAACACAGCUCUUGUGGCUUAACGUGGUGCCGUUUGACAACUCCAAGAGUGUCGAAGAAAACAUGGAUAUACAGCGGCUCCAUGUCAACCAGAUUGACAAUACCUGGAACAACUGUGUGGCGUCGAUGAAGGAGACAAUUCCUGCCAGCUUCAAGAACGACGAGACAUUGCAGACCACACAAAUUGACAAUUUGCUAAACACCGACGUGAUGGACCCCAGUAUCGGCAUUAUGAGUGGUGUCGAGAAUAUGUUCUCUUUGGACGACUUGUUUGUCAACGAUACUUUUUUCAGACUUUAAUAUUGUUCGUCUUUUGCAGCUAAUUUAUUUAUGACCUUUUGCAAC